UGUAACAUAUCAUAAUAUUUUGAUGAUUAGGUGUUGAGUUAUAUGCGAUUCAAUAUACAACCUUGGCAGCUUUGCAGUCUACUAUUUUGAAAUAUAGUGAUUUUAUAUUCUAGGGCUAUGAAUUUUAAAUGAGGAGCUCCAAAUUAAGGAGGAUAAGGAUCUAGAGGCUUCUAUAAGCAGGAAGACAUUGAUUAUGCCGAAAUUGCCAAGUGCACUUACCGUCGAAGAGAAGAGAUUUCUUUUGGCUGUUGAAAGAGGAGACUUGCCUAAUGUUAGAAGAAUGCUGCAAAAGGCCCACAGGAAGAAGACCAACCUGGACAUCAACUGUGUGGACAGUUUUGGUAGAGGAGCAAUGACCAUAGCCAUCGAUCAAGAAAACUUGGAAAUGGUCGAAUUACUGAUCAUCAUGGGAGUAGAUACGAAAGAUUCUCUGUUACACGCUAUCAACGUGGAGUUUGUCGAAGCUGUUGAACUCCUUUUGGAACACGAAGAGCUCAUACAUAAGGAAGGAGAGCUAUAUAGCUGGCAAAAAGUUGACAUAAACACCGCCAUGUUCAUGCCUGACUUGACUCCACUCAUCCUGGCUGCCCAUAGGAAUAACUACGAAAUACUAAAGCUCCUUCUUGACAGGGGUGCCACGGUUCCUUUGCCUCAUGAUGUCAAAUGCGGCUGUGACGAGUGCAUCAUGAAGUCAGAACAGGACUCCCUGCGUCACUCUCUAUCGCGUCUAAAUGAAUACAAGGCCCUGGCGAGCCCUUCACUAAUAGCCCUUUCGUCCAGUGACCCGUUGCUCACCGCUUUCCAGCUGUCCUGGGAGUUGAGAGGACUCGCGUUUGCGGAACCAGAAUCCAAAUCGGAAUAUAUGGAUCUGCGGCAACAGUGUCAACAGUUCGCCGUUGAUUUACUGCAGCAAACACGAAGUUCGCAGGAGUUGGCGAUUAUCUUGAACCACGAUCCGGAUAAUCCGCCCUACCAGGAAGGGGAACACAUGAAGUUGGCCAGGCUGGAGCUCGCCAUUCAAUACAAACAGAAAAAGUUUGUUGCUCAUCCAAACAUCCAACAACUACUGGCAGCCCUUUGGUACGAAGGAGUACCUGGAUUUCGAAGAAAAAAAGCCAAAGACAAAAUAAUGAUAAUCGUUCGAGUGGCAGUUUUAUUUCCCUUUUACUGCAUGUUGUACAUGCUAGCGCCAGAAACCAAAAUUGGGAAAUUGAUGAGGAAACCUUUCAUGAAGUUCUUGGUGCAUGCUUCGUCGUAUCUAUUCUUCUUGCUAUUGCUGAUCCUGGUAUCUUUAAGAGCCGACGAUCUACUUCUGGAACAUUUCGGAUCAGAAUCGAUGAAAGCCUACGUGAAGGAUAAAUACGACAAACAAAGAGGAAACCCGCCCACUAUUCUGGAGUACGCCGUCCUUUUGUAUGUCGUAGGCUUCAUAUUCGAAGAAACCCAAGAGAUCUUCGUGGAAGGCAUGCAGUCGUACCUGCGCAACCUCUGGAACUUCAUCGACUUCACCCGCAACGUACUCUACUCCGGAGUGAUCGUUCUGCGGGUCGUGUCCUACCUGCAACAGCAGGCUGAGAUCGAAAAAGAUCCUGCCACUGCUUACAUACAUAGAGAGGAAUGGGAUGCAUUUGAUCCCCAACUUAUUGCCGAAGGCUUGUUUGCAGCUGCUAAUAUUUUCAGUGCAUUAAAGCUUGUUCACCUGUUCUCAAUCAACCCUCACUUGGGACCACUGCAAAUCUCACUAGGUAGAAUGGUGAUCGAUAUAGUCAAAUUCUUCUUUAUCUACACCUUGGUGCUAUUCGCGUUCGCAUGCGGUCUCAAUCAGCUACUCUGGUACUUUUCGGACUUGGAAAAGAAAAAAUGUUACCAUUUGCCAAAUGGAGAGCCGGACUUUGAUGGGGCACCUGAUGCAUGCAUGAAAUGGAGAAGAUUUGCAAACGUAUUUGAAUCUUCUCAGUCACUUUUCUGGGCAAGUUUCGGCAUGGUCGAAUUAUCGAGCUUUGAGCUGGCUGGUAUAAAAACCUACACAAGAUUCUGGGGACUUCUCAUGUUCGGAUCAUACUCUGUAAUCAAUGUAAUCGUACUACUGAACCUCCUUAUUGCUAUGAUGUCCAAUUCAUAUGCAAUGAUCGAUGAGCACUCUGAUACAGAAUGGAAAUUCGCUCGAACUAAGCUGUGGAUGAGCUAUUUUGAAGAGACUGGAACCUUACCGCCUCCAUUCAACAUUUUCCCAAAACCUAAGAACUUCCUUAAGCUUUGUGGAUUGAGAAAGAAAGACAAAUUGAGAAAGAUGUCCACCAAGAGGAGAAAUAGAGAAGAAAAAGAAAGAGAUUAUAGAUACACAGCAGUGAUGAGAGCUCUUGUGUGGAGAUACGUAGCAGCCAUGCACAGAAAGGUUGAAGAAUCAGCUGUUACCGAAGAUGACAUCAAUGAGGUCAAGAGCGAUAUUUCUUCCUUUAGAUAUGAGAUCUUAGAGGUUCUUUCUAAAAAUGGAAUGGAUGUGUCUUGUGCACAGAAGAAAGAAAAGGCUGUUCUAGGCAAGCGAAUGAAGGUAUGGGAACGAAGGCUGAUGAAAGAUUUUAAGGUAGCCCCAGUCGCUACUGAAGAAGGCCAAGACUUAUUCGCACCACCUCCUGAAAAUGAAGAAGCCUUAUCUAGGUUUCGAAGAAUUGCUAAACUUGCAGUUCUCGAAUCUGGGGUCAACAAAUGGAGACAAGUUGUGCGAGGAGCUCAAAUUGCAUCUCAAAUAGGCCAAUGUCAUCGCAAAGAGUCAAAGAAAAGAAGACAAAGCCUAUUACGAGCUAUUGAGCAGGCCAAGCGAUUGGCAGCUAAAAGCCCAGAAAAUCCUUCUCUGUCCACGACACCUAUCAAGCUGCCAGACACCAGUCGCUUGGAAAUACUUGACGUAUUGAAACUAGAUGGUGGGGGUCUAUCGCCAGGAUCUAACCGGUCUCAUACGCAAGUUGCUCUCAGUCCAUAUGUGACUGUGGUGCAUGCUCAGCGAUCUUCACCAGGUAGUAUAAGAAUGGAAGUUCCAGUUCCCAGUCUGAAGCCUGAAAUGACAAUAGAAAUACCCAAAGAACAAAAGUCUUCAGAAACCCCACGUGAACCACCAGAAGAGCCUGAUUUGAUCAAUCUUGAGAGUGCCAAAAAUUCGCCUGUAACAACGAAGAAACUUCCCGAAUCUCCUGAGGGUUCGAUAGAUCAGUUAUUAUCAUCAUCAUCCGAUGGAAAGAUGGCCCAGUCACCUCCAAUAGUUGUAUCACCUCCUUUAGAGGAAGACGCUGAUCGUCAGUCUCUGGAUUCAACGGGAAGUCCAAAAAUAACUGAUCCAGAGCUCAUGGAAAGACCUUCUAGUCCAUUACCUAGAGUCUUAGAAGCGAAAACAGGUACUUCUAGUCCAGACAUCCCUUCUGUUUUACUCACAGAACUGAUCAGGUCACCUGACGACGGUGUCACAACUUGUCUUGAGUUACAAGCAUGGGGAGAUGAGAACAAAGAAGGUUCGGGUGAUGAUGCAGAAGAUAAAGAAAUAUUGGACAUUGUGGGCAGGUCUUCAGAAGAUCAAACUCGUAGCACAUAUGAAGAUAAACACGUUAAUGUUGAGUUACCAGAAAUGCAAGAGACCAAAGCUCGAGAUGUUUCGCCAGCUAAGAUUGUGACACCAAUAUCUCCAGAGGAAACCGGGAAAGUAGAAUUGGGGAUAAUACCAGCUCCCCCGAGAACCCCUGCAACUACACCAAUGAGUCAAAGAAACAUUCGACGAAUUCAAGACACAACACGAGGACAACCUAAAUAUGGAUGGUUGUGAAACUAUUUUCCAAAGAAAAGCUGACCAACACCAUCUAGUAGAGCUUAAAAAAUGAUCCCAUUCAUAGUGUAGCAUUGUUAUCAGUUUUUGAUAACUUGCCCUAGAAAAAGUACUAGGUGCACUUUGUGCAAAAUGCAAAAAUAAUAGCUGGUGUAUUAUUUUUAGUUUUUUACAGCAUGUGCCUUUCAAAGUUCAAUCAUGUUAUGAUAAUGCUUAGAAGACAUAUAUUUCAAUAUGUUGAACCACGAAAAGGAAGUGUCCUUUCAUAAGUUUGAGGCCUUAAUUAUUCACUAAAAAGUAUGUGAAAAGCAGUGUUUCAUAUCAAAAGUAUUCUUCUAGUAGGUACCCACCAUUCCAUAUGGUCCAAUAUUGGAGAUAUAAAAGAAAGUUAUACUAUUAAAAGUAGCUAGAACUCCAAAACUGUGUAUUUGUGUAUAACCUUUGAUUAACCUAUUCUUCCGAAAGAUAACCAACCGUAUGCUGUAUUUGGGCAUUCACAUUCAACUUCCAUCGUUAGAGAAACAGUUUUUUCUUAAACGUGAAAUUAAAAUUUCGUAUUGUUGGAUAUUCUAAACGAUGGCAAAUGAAAUUCCAUAACCUGCGAACAAUAGCCAGAGAAGUGGAAACAGUGGAACCUGAAGAAGGUGAUCGACACGUAUAUAGUUGUAAGCAUAAGUGGUUGGCGGCGCCACGGUAUGUAUGCUCAUUUUCGUGCAGAUCCACAGGUUUGAAUUGAUUUUGAUAUCAUCAUCAUCAACAUGUUAAUCAAUGGUGUAACUCCAUUCAUACUAUUUGUAUCAAUAUAUAA